AUGCGUGAAUGCAUCAGUGUUCAUGUUGGCCAGGCUGGUGUGCAGAUGGGUAAUGCCUGUUGGGAAUUGUACUGCUUGGAACACGGAAUCCAGCCAGAUGGACAGAUGCCAUCAGAUAAGAGCAUUGGUGGAGGAGAUGAUUCAUUUAAUACCUUCUUCAGUGAGACUGGAGCUGGCAAACAUGUCCCAAGGGCAGUCUUUGUGGAUUUAGAACCAACUGUGAUUGAUGAAAUCCGCUGUGGAACUUAUCGGCAGUUAUUCCACCCAGAACAAUUAAUCACUGGAAAAGAAGAUGCCGCCAACAACUAUGCACGCGGCCACUACACAAUUGGCAAGGAAAUCGUGGACUUGGCUCCUACUGUUGUUCCUGGUGGGGAUCUGGCCAAGGUCUAUCGUGCUGUAUGCAUGUUAAGUAAUACGACAGCUAUUGCAGAGGCUUGGGCACGGCUUGAUCACAAGUUUGAUCUUAUGUAUGCUAAACGAGCUUUUGUCCAUUGGUAUGUCGGUGAAGGGAUGGAAGAGGGAGAAUUUUCUGAAGCCAGGGAAGAUCUUGCUGCCUUGGAGAAAGAUUAUGAAGAGGUGGGAGUAGACUCUGGUGAUAUGGGUGAAGAGGGAGAAGAGGAGAUGGAAGAAUUCUGA